GAUGUCCUCAUACCAACCCGUUGAAGAGCAAGGCUACAUAGAGGUCCGCCAUCCCCACGACUCGCACAACGAAGAGUGGGACGACGCCGGGUUAAGGAGUAGGCACCAGUCCACCCCAAGGCAAAGCAAGCAGCCCCUCCCUUCUCCCCACUCAGGAAAGGGCCGCAGCAAGACCAAGGGCAGCAAGACAACCGCUGCCGCCCAGUCAGGCUCAGACACCGAGAGAGAGCCAUCCAAGAUGUCUUCCAGGUCGUCCAGGCUCUCGUCAUCCUCGGCUUCAAGGAAAGACAAGGCCUCAUCAACAAAGACCAAGAAGACCGACGACUGGACCGAGGUGACAGAACCAGACGAGAGGCGACGCAUCCAGAACCGGAUCGCCCAGCGCAAGUUCAGUACGUCGACGCCCACGAGCUCACCAGCUAGCCCAUCCCUCUAACCGAGAUGUACAGGGGAGAAGGCUCGCGAGCAGAAAGACCGCGCCGCCCGGGACGCACAGAACCAGCAAUUCGCCGGCUCGGUCUACCACAUCCCCGACCCAGAAGACUUGAGCUUGGACGAUGGCGGCGACCUGUCGGGCCUGCCCUGGGGCGGCCUCAACAUGCGGCACGUCGUCGCCCGGGGGCACGCGUCCGCGAGCGCGGGCGGCCACAGCCGUUACAGCGGCCACACGGGCGGCAGCAGCGUCAUCCUCACAACAAGCGGCACACCGGGGCCUGUCGACCAGACGAUUUACCAAAUGAACCCGUACGGCUACGCG